GGUGGCAGACAGACUCAGCUUGGUGGUGCUCGCGGCAAGAGCCGGGUGCACGCGAGGAGUAGGUGUUCAGCAGCCGUUGGGUUGCGACGCUGGCUCCCAGAGAAAGCUGUGGGGUCAGUGCUGGCCUAAAGUCACAGGGCUAGCCUGACAAGGCCAAGCCUGAGGGCCCAUCAUGGAUCCCCAGGACCCCAAACAUGAGGAGCCUGCAGUACCUGCAGCGGCCCCGGGGUCCCCACAACCACCCGAUCCAGCACCCUCUGCAGAUCAGCCUUCUACAAUCCAGCCUUCUGCAUCGGUAUCCAACCCUCCUGAGUCCAAGCCUGGGGUGGCCAAGCGCCCUGCGUCCAAAUACCCUGCAACCAAGCGCACUAAAAGAGCCAGAGCCUUUGCUCCUUCUGGGCGUGCAGAGCGACCGUACCCUGCUCAGGGUCAAGCGCGCAGGGCGCCUGAAGAUCGCCGCAAACCUACAGAACACCCUGGGACACCACAAGCCCCAAAAGAGAGUCCUGGUAAACCCCCUAUGUCCAGAAGGGCGAUGGUAGCUGUUCAAAAGCGUGCAGAGGGCCGAGCUAAAGUCCCGGAGACAUUCAGGGACAGCGCCAAGUAUUUUUGUUUCUCGCCUACUGGAUUGUUGAAGAUCCUGAGACUGAUUCUCCUCAUAGCAGCAAUCGCCUGUUUUGUCUCCGGCAAAGCCCACGAGACAUAUAUAGCAAUCACAAUUCAGGAAGCCUGCAUCGUCCUUGUUUUCAUUCUAGUAUAUGUGGUAACCCUUCAACACUUGCUGGUCUUUUUACAUUGGCCUUUAUUUGAUCUUAUCAACAGUAUCAUUUCAACUGUAUUCCUUUUAGUAGUUGCCAUCUUGACAGGGCAAGAAAAGGAAAGAAGGCCAUUAUUUUAUAUUGGAGGGGUCUUCUGUCUGGUAGCGGCAAUCGUGUGCCUCAUCGAUGCAUUGGUGGUCACCAAGGAGAUGAGGACUGCCAUGAAAAAGGCCGCCAAAGUCAAAUUCGUGCUUCCCAAAGCCAAGAAACCCAAGCCCCAAGCGAGCUGAAGGUCGUGC